GUGCAUGUGGAAGAGCCAGACGUGCAAUUGCUGUUUUCAAGGACAGUCCUAGAUUUUCAACAGCUGACCUGGGUUACGCCAGUGGCCGCUACCCGCCACGGGAUACAUGCAACUUAUACAUCAUUGACAAAUGGAGGCGCCGCGGCCCAAGUUUGUGUUGGUUCUCCGGCACGCGCAGCGCCAGGACGAAAUUAGUGAUGCUUGGACGCAAGCGGAGUCCCAGCGCCCGGGCGGGCGCCCGUGGGACCCGCCGCUGAGCGAGACAGGACUUGCUCAAGCGGCCAAGGCUGGUUUGCAGGUGGCUGCGUGGGAGCGGCGAAGCGGAGUGCGCAUUUCGGCAGUUGUGGUUUCCCCGUUCCUCAGAUGCCUGCAGACGGCCGCGGCGAUUUGCCAGGCGCUGGGGCUUCCCAGCAUGCAUGUGAGCUGGGCGGUGUCCGAGACGCUCUGCCGCGUGCCGGGCACUCCCACGGGGCCGCUGGUGCACUGGAUGUGGCCGCGGAUACCAGCAGGCGAGCAGCAGCAGAUGCAGCAGCAGGGGCAGCAGGACCCGGCGGCUGGGGGAGAAGCCACCAGCGGCGGUGACGACGGCAGCAGCAGCGGAGCUGGGGGUGGCGGUAGCAGCCCCGGCAGCCUGACCGCGCGGGAGUACCUGACAGGCCUGGGGGCCACGGUCCUCCCGCAAGAGGGCGGCGCGAUGGAGGGCACUGCGCCUGCGGCUCAUGCCGCCGGGGCUGGGGCGCCGCCGCAUGCUACCCCCGGCUUGCAAACACAGGCGGAAUUUAAGGCAGAGGCGCCUGCCAUGCUCCCGGGAUCGCGCCCAUGCAGUUGCGUGCUACAGGGCUUCAACGUGGCAGUCCUACCGCCGCCGGUCGACCCGCGGCUGCCCUACGUUGCCGUCGCCGCUGCGCCAGCUGCUGCGCCAGCCGCUGCGCCCAACACCAACAGUGUCACCGGUGGUGCCAGACACGCAGGUGCUGGUGCCGGCGCUGCAGUGCAGGAGCAGGAGCCGAAGCAGCAAGAGCAGGAGGCGGGUGCGGGUGAGGGUGCGGACCAGGAGGCGGCUGUGAGCGACGACGCCAACAGCGUGUUCAGUCCGCUGGAGAGCGAGGACGUGCAGGAGGGGCCCGCGGUCCUGUCCAGCGCCGACGCAGGCGCAGCAGCGGCAGCGGCAGCUGCUGCAGCGGAUGGCUUGCCGCUGGCUGCGGCGAAAGCUGCAACGGAGGCUGCAGCGGCUGCUGAGGGCGCGGGCGCGGGUGUCGCUAUGUGCACAGAAGCCUCUCAGGUUCAGGUUCAGGGGCAGGGGCGGGCGGAGCCGGGGCCAGGGCCAGAGCUGUUGCGCAUGCCGGACUGGGUGCCGUGCACGCCGGAGAGCCUGGAGGCGGCACACGCCCGCUACCGGGCCGCCUACCGCUGCCUCAUGGUGGCGGCGGCGGCGGCGGCUGAGGAGGCGGCGGCCCCCACGACGGCGGCGGGCCCCUCAACGGCAGCGGAAUGUGGCGCCGCUGCUACUGCUGCAGCCACAGCGGCUGGCAGCAGCGGAGGCGGCAGCGGGUCUCUGCAGGAGCAGCGGCGGGACUGGGAGCAGGCCUGGCGGGCGCUGUGGCGGCCGGCGGAGCGGCUGCCUGUGUCGCGCACCCGGACGCCCCGCAAGACGUCCGCUUGCGGGGUGGCAUCCGUUGGAGCGGGGCCCGUAGUCGAGGGGAAGGCAGCAGAAGCAGCAGAAGCAGUAGCAAUACCAGGAGGGGCAGCAGCGGCAGGGGCUGGUGGCGAGGCUGCUGCGGCGGCGGCGGAGGCAGUGGGCUGCAGGCAGGCGGCCGGGGCGGCCAUGGAUGUCGGCGCGGCGGCUGCGGGGCACGCGGAGGGCCAGCAGCCCCACACCGACCGUGAGGACGAAGACGAAGACGACGAUGAGGAUGAGGAUGAGGAUGAGGACGCCAACUUCCAGCACCGUCUGCUGCGGCAGCCCAUCAGCCAGGUUGGCUUGGAUGAGGAAUGCCCCCGCACGGCCCGAAGCCGCGCGCCGUCGGGCGGCGGCAGCACCGGGCUGGCGGCUGCUGCGGCGGCGGCGGCGGCAGCUGCUGCAGCGGAGGCUGGGAAUGGACCGCGGGCGGAGCCGGGUGCGGAUGAGGCGGGGGGCGCGGCGGGAAGCAGCGGGAGGAGCAGCAUGGCGGGCGGUGGUGGAGGCUGUGGCGGCAGCAGCAGCGGGCAGCUGCAGGGGCUUGCCGGUGGAGAUGGCGGGGCGGAGGCGCCGGCGGAGGCAGUACUGGUGGUGACGCACGGGGAGGCGGUGGCGUGUGCGGCGUCCACGGUUGCGCCCUGGGCCCUGGUGUACGAGGUACGGCACACUGGCUUCGUGGUGCUGUGCACGGGUGCGCAUGAGGAGGCGGAUGGGGACAUCCGGGGGCCGGAUGCGGGCGUCAGCGGGGGUCGCUCCGCAACAGGCACGCCGCGUGCCGGCGGUGGUGGUGGUGCCGGCGGCGGCGCCGGGCCGGUAGGUGCUGAGGCGGUGGAGGCGGCGUGGGAGCUGGUGCCUGACCCACAUGGCGAGCGCGGCGUGCUGUGGAUGUCGGCGUUGGAUGACUACUGAGCGGCGGUUGGCCGGAUGGGACUGGACGUCCACGACCGGCUGGUAGCGAGGGGUAAACGUUAUGGAACCCGCAACUGAAUGGUGGGGCGGUGGAGGUGUGGCCGCUCCGUUGUAAGGAGUUGGGCUGUUGGGCUGUAUGGUUCGAUGCUGUGUGCUCAGCAGGAUGGUCGCGCAGUGGUGUUGCAGCUCGGGCGCACUCUUGUGCGUUUGUGCUGUGAAACAAGGACAUAC